AUGGCCAGCAGCGGUGGUGGUGAGGCGGGGGCGACGUCGGCGACGAACCGGGAAGCCGCAGCUUCGCCACGCCUGCGCGGCGACUCGAUUACAGAUGAGGACCCGUGGAUAGCCAACAAACGAUUUGAUGUCAUCGAAGGGGGAGGCGGGCGACAACAAGAUGACGAAAAAGGUGGAGGGGGGCGGGGCUUGCCCGCCGUGCUGUCGCCCCGCUUCCUCAAACGGAGCAAGCGGUCGGACACGGCCGGCAAUGCCAGCCGCGAGAGGGACAAGGCCCUGGUCGCCGCCCUAAUCGACAGAGAGAAGGGAAAGAGCAAAAAGAAGGGCUCGGUGGGGUCGGCGGACGACCUCGCCUCACCCAACCACCCGAUACUCUCUGACGAACCCAAGAGUCCGAGGGGCAGGGCGCGAGGCCAGCUGCUGCGUUCGUUCUCGCAGACGGCGCUGGUCGACUCACGCAACAAGUCAGAGCUCGGGAAGCGCGAACGCCUCAAGAAGAGCGGCGAGGUGAGCACCGCCGCUGCGGCGGCAGGCGCGGCACGCAGCCCGCGCAGCGACUCUGCCGCGCGCACGGCCGCCGCCGCCGCAGCCUCCCAUACUGCGCAGGGGCUGCAGCUCAACAAGAGCGCGCCGCGUUUCCACUCGUUCAGCCAGCAGGAGAAGAAGGAGUUCGAGCAGAAGAUCAAGGGCAGCAACAUCCAGUUCUUUCGCAACACCAAGAAGAGCAAGAAGGGACCCAUCUACCGCAACGUGCUCGAGGACGCCGACCAGGCCCUUCCCUGGCCGACCGAGAUCGACGCCGGCAUCGAAGAAGUGGCGGACGCCGAGGCCGAGGUGUCGGACGAUGAUGACGUCAUCAGCGAGCGGCGCGCGAAGCUGCGACGUGGAUCGGACUCGAGCGACCCGGGCAGCAGUGACUGCGACGACACGUCACCGAGGCCCAAGCGGAAGAUCACGAGCAGCACCAGCCCGCCGGUGCCGACCUCGCCCAAGGCCUCGUAUCUGACGCCGGAGCAGCUCAAGGAAAUGGUGCGCGAGCGCAAGCUGGAGAUCAAGCGCGAGCGGGAGCGCGAGAAGCGCGAGGAGAAGGAGAAGGCCAAGCGCGAGAAGGAGGAGCUCAAACAGAAGAAGCAGGCGGCGGUCAAGCGGACCAACAGCCGCGAUGACCAGCCGUUCCCGGGCAUCUCGCUGGCCAACGACAAGGUCAAGUCCCUGCUCGAGCGCGAGUCGUCUGAGUCGGCCGCCGGUAGCGCUGACGAGGACCGGCCCACGACCCCGCGGCGACCUAGCCAGGCGGCCGAGGAGUACAUGGAGAGCCCGCGCAGCGUACCGCCGCCGCUCACGCUCUCCCAGGCGGGCGCCGUGGCCGUGCGGGCGGGCGCUGGAACAUCGCCGUCGACCUCGGACCUAUGCGCUGUUCAUUCGUCGCCAGCAUCGCCACGCGUCGUUGUGUCCGACUCGCCGCAGAAGGCGGCGGCUGAGGAGGAGGAGCAGCACAGGAAGAAGCUGGAGCAGGCGCGACAACAGAAGGAGCAGCAGCACCAGAAAGAGCAGGAGCAGCGCGAGAAGCAGCUGAAGCUGGAGGCGGAGCGACGCAAGAAGUACAAGAAGCAGAUCUCCAUCCAUCUGGGCAUGUCCAAGCAGCAGAGGCGCAGCCGGUCGUUCUCGGACUUGACCCACUACUUCACCGACCAACCGGACGACGCCAAAGCGCAAGGGCGGAAGAAGGACAAGAAAGAGAAGAAGGAGAAGAAGGAAAAGAAAGAGAAAAAGGACAAGAAGGAAAAGAAGGACAAACACGCCGCCAUCAGCAGCAAGGACGCGCCCAGCAGGCCGCUCGUGCCCGAGGUCACGGUGACAGAAUCCACCGUCACUGGCUCGAACCCGAGGGACGCACCAGCUGUCGUGCUCCCGCGCAUCGCUGUCGCGACGGGCCAGGACCGGGAGCAGGAGCUGCGCGAGAUCCGGGAGAUGCUCAGUUUCCGCACGAAGAAGAAGGACGAGCCCUCGUCGUCGACCGCCGCCCAGCAAGCAGCGGCCGAUCCCGUCGACCGUAAGUCUGCACGGGAGCGCAAGAAGACGCUCUAUCGGUCCAACUCCGAGCAGCACCUGAAGCUGUUGACGGCCAAGAUCCCCUCAAUGCUCCUGCAGGAGAAGAUCAGCGGCGGAAAGGGACUGAAGUCUCAAAUUGUGCUGAGCAGGCCUGAGCGGGAGUUGAUCGAUCGCCAAGUGGACAUUGCUGAGAAGAUGGAUGAAAUGAACCGAGGCAAGAACGGCUCUCGCGUACGCAAGCGAGGGGACAAGGUGGCAAAGGACCGACUGCGGGCGAAUGCUAUCGGCGCCGGCGGGGACAGCGACAGCGACGAUGACGGAGAAAGCGAAGAGGAAAGCGACAACGAAAAGAACGAAGAGGAGCAGAAGAACGAAGGCCAGGUGUUCGUGCAAGUGCAGCGCGGGCCGGUGUUUGGAAUGACGCUCGAUGAGGUGAUGCGGCUCCAGCAGUCGUCUACGUCACCGCCCACCUCGCCUCAGCCCUCGCCGUCGCUCACGUCGCCCCUGUCGGGCUCGCCCAUGUCCUGCUCGCCGCCGGGGUCGCCGCUGGGCAUGUCCGCGUCGAUGUCGUCGGUAAACACCGCCGCGGCCGUACAUUUCACUCUCUCCAAGGACGAGGCCAGGCUGCCCGUGGUACUCACCGCGCUGGCGAAUGGAAUACUCGAGCUGGGCGGAACGCAGAUGACGGGGCUCUUCAGGGUGCCGGGAAAGAAGUCAACAAUGGACGUCAUCCGAGAUCGACUCAAUUCUGGCAUUUACCAAUUCGAAGAGGGCACGUGCCCGCACGAUUUGGCUUCGCUGAUGAAGGAGUGGCUCAAGUCCAUCACCCCGCCACUCAUCCCUCUCGAGCUCUAUGAUCGGUGCGUGGAGGUGUCGGGCCGUCCCAACGACUGCGUGGAGGUGAUCGAAAAGUCCCUGCCCGAUCUUAACAAACGCAUCAUCAAGUAUGUGGUGCGGUUCCUGCAACAACAGAUCCUCUCCCCCGAAGUCCAGCGCGCAACGCGAAUGGACAUCCGCUCCAUCGCAACCGCGUUCGCGCCGUGUUUCCUGGACAACCCGCUCCUUUCGAUGGAAGAACUGGUCAAGAAUAUUCAGGCGCACAUCAAGUUCAUGGUGAACCUGCUGAUGCUGCUCAACGUCAACGUGGGGAAGAUAUCGUCCAACGCUGUUCCCGUCCGCAAGCUCAAGGACGGAAACGACGGCGGCUCCGCUUCUCCCAGCAACGAGGAGGCCGAGGCCGCCGCCAAGGAGUCGGAGGGUUCGCGGAUCAUCCCCAAGAUGGUGAAUGACCGCUUCAAGAAGUGGCAGGAGCGCUCCAAGACCAAGGGCAGCGCAUCGGCUCGGGUGACCAGAGGCGAGCGGAAACGAAGCAUCGAAAAGAGAGAGUGA